AUGAUUCUCGAUCAUCGUCAACUUACAUAUCGUCUUUUUAAUAUAAUUCGUUCGAAUGGUAAUAUUUAUGAAAUAGAAAAACUUCUUUUAAAAAUUUCUCAAAUCAAUCUCAAUUAUUUGAAAUACGAUGGGCAAUGUUUAGUACAUCUAUGUUGUCUUUACAAUCGAUUAGAUUUAUUAAAAUUAUUUGUUGAAUAUGGCGAUUGUGAUACAUACAUUAGUAAUCGUGAUGGUUGGUUACCAUUGCAUAUAGCCGUUUAUCUUGGAUAUAUGGAUAUUGUUUAUUAUUUAAUUCAAUCUAUGAAAUCAAGGUAA